AUGAUCUUCCGCUCUGCAUUUCCCGAUAUUGAAAUACCAUCAUUGGGUGUCUACCAAUACGCAACGCGAAACAUAAAUGGAAUUGAUGAUAGCAAACCAUUAAUUAUCGAUGGUGUGACUGGUGCGGAGAUGACAUUUGGUGAAUUUAAGAGGGACUCAAAGAGACUGGCAGCUGGCUUACAAGAUAAGCUCGGUUUGAAAAAGGGCGAUGUGGUAGCUAUAUUCUCACCUAAUCAGAUCGACUAUGCCGUAGUCUUCUUUGGCAUAAUUGCAGCCGGUGCUAUCCCAACGUUAGCAAACCCUCUGCAAACGCCGAACGAAUUCCAAGCUCAGUUCUGUGAUUCAACCGCCUCAAUCAUAAUCACCCAUCCGCUUUUCUUGGCCACUGUUUUUGAAGUAGCAAAAAACUGCCAGUUUCCUCUGUCAAAAAUCUUUCUCUUCGGUGGUGAAGAAAAAGAUGGCAUUAAACCAUACACGGAGCUAUUGGGAGACCGGGAAGCUGAACCAGUUGUAUUUACGAAAAAAGAGAUUAAGGAACAACCAGCGUUUCUGUGUUAUAGUUCCGGAACAACUGGGCGGCAGAAGGGUGUUAUGACCACACAUUACAACGCAGUGGCCAACUGUGAACAAUACAAGGCGUUUGAGGAACCAAAACUGAAUCCGAAUCUCGUUUUUAUGGGUCUUUUGCCUCUUUUCCACAUAUACGGACUUUUCAUUCUCAGUGUAUCUCUCUCAUCAGGCGCUACCAUUGUGAUCCUUCCAAAGUUCGAUUUAACGCUCUUUUGCACGACCAUCCAAAAAUACAAAGUCAAUCUGGCUCAUGUCGUUCCGCCCAUUGUACUGUUAUUGACAAAGGAUCCGACCGCAAGGACCUUUGACUUUUCGAGUAUGCAAGUAUUCACAUGCGCCGCCGCACCGUUGGGCGAGUCAUUGACAAAAGAGUUUUACGAUCUCUAUAAAGUACCUGUAAAGCAAGGAUAUGGUUUAACAGAGACAUCACCGCUUACUCAUAUUGAUAUCACCUCGAACCCAACCUUUGGUUCAGUUGGAAAUCUUAUACCGAACCUUGAAGCAAAGAUCAUAUCCGAAGAUGGCAAAGAGCUCGGGUAUCACGAACACGGAGAAUUAUGCGUUCGUGGACCCAAUGUCAUGAAGGGUUAUUGGAAAAACAAGGAGGCAACAGAUGCGUGUUUCGACAGCGAAGGAUUCUUCCAUACUGGUGAUGUCGCGACCGUCGCAAGAAAGUACUUCAUCGUUGACCGCUUAAAGGAACUGAUCAAAUACAAAGGUUUCCAGAUUGCUCCGGCCGAACUUGAAGCCCUCCUUUUAACUCAUCAAUGCGUAGCUGAUGCAGCCGUUAUUGGUGUUUUUGUCGAAUCAGAAGUGACAGAGUAUCCUGUUGCAUACAUUCACGUCAAACCAGGCAUCGAGCAGACUGAUGAACUCAAGAAAGAUAUUCAAAAGUUUGUUGCAGAAAACGCUGCACCAUGCAAGAAACUGCGUGGAGGUGUCGUUUUUGUUGAUAAAGUGCCGAAGAGCGCGUCAGGAAAAAUCUUGAGGAGGCAGUUGAGGGACAGGGUCAAGGACGAUUUGGCUAAGCUGAAUCAGUUAGUAGGUAUAUAG